UUUGCUCAACUCUUCUCCUUCUUUCUUGAAGCAGCUUCCAAAAUUUCUUUCUCUUUGACUCAUCGCUAUUAUUUUUCAGAGCAGUUUGAUAAUCGUCAUUCUUCUUUGAUUCUCUUCCUUUCUCUAUCGCCUUUCUCUUGAAGGCUUUAUUUGCUAUUCUCUCUUCAACAAAUAUAAAAAAUGAAAUAUUAUCUAAAAAUUGCAACUCUUGUGAUGAUGGCCCUGGCUGUCCUGACAGUAGCGGUGAGAGCCAAAAAUAUUGGACAACAAGAGCGAAUCUUCUAUCCUUCACAGUUGGAUGUGGUUGAUGAUGAUGGAUCUUAUGAUAAUGCUCUUCUAAACUUCCUGUUUGCCCGCCAAAUGGUAAACCGACUCCGAAAUAACUUGGACGUCAAUGACCUCCAGAGGAAACGAUCUUACUGGAAGCAGUGUGCAUUCAAUGCGGUUUCUUGUUUCGGGAAAAAAUAAACGUCUGAAAAAUCCUGAAAACAAUAUUGUUUAUAAAUAUUAUAAUUAACUCUCAUUAAUUAUGCCUGUGUAAUUUAGAAUAGAACUUUACAAAUAUGUAAUUCUAUCUGUAACUAUAUGUAAAUCAUUUUUCAUUGUCUUUUGACUGUUUGAUGAUUUGAUUUAGUUAUUUAAUCUUAAAGUACCAUCCACAAUAUCACACAAUUCACAGUUUUCAUCGCAGAAAAAAAUAUUACAUUUAUAUCGAGGUAUAAAUUCAUUUUGAAUAUGAAUUUCGGUCGUAGUUUUAAUCGAAUACUUUGAAUGUAUUAAAAUACAGAAAUAUAUAAUUGAUUUAAAAAUUUCAACUAUAGUACUUUUGGAAUAAAAUAAUGAUAAUGAUAAUCAAACAAUCACUGUGUUAAUAUUCUUAAUCAUAUCACCUUAUUAUUCAGAUUCUUAUCAGCGUCAAUAUAUUAUUAUUAUUAUUAUAACAAUAUUUUUAAUUGUUAUCAAAGUCUUCACAAAUUUUAAUACUUUUAGUGCAAGCAAUACAUUGUAUUUACAUAAUACCAGCAAGAUAAAAAAAAAUAUGCUUACGUAGGCUAAUUUUGAGUUUAUUUUGAAUUACUUUACUUACUAUAACUUUUCGCUCAUUUUUUAUAUGGUAAUAUUUCAAAAUUUAACUUUGUUUUUUAAAAGUUAAAAUUCAUCUUUGCAACCUUUUAUUAAAAUGUAAUUUUUUAAAAAAAAACGAAAGUUCAAAACUAUACAAUUUACUUUUUAUAUUAAUUUCAAAUUGGUACCAGCUCACAAAAAUUGCACUCAGACUAAGAUUGAAGUUUAAAUAGUAAAUGAAUUUUCAGCAAAAGAAUUAUACAAAUAAUAGAAACAAAACCUUCAUAAUUUUUUUUCAAAAAAUUAGACAAGGAGAUUUUAAUUACUUGAUGUUAUAAUCAAUUAUGUUUUGUAUGAUAUUAAAUAAUUAGCAAAUUACUCAGAAUUACAGCAUAACUCUGUUGUACUGUAAAUUCCCUUCAAUAAAUUUUCUUUCAAUGGACACCAAAUUGUUAAUUUAAAGAUUAAUGUUACAAAUUACAUGGUUAAAGUUAUUUUAAUUAAAAGUUGUCUUCAAUGAAAUAACUUGGUUGCAUUAAUUGAUUAUAUUAUAUGAAUUCAUAGUUAUUCAAGAAAAGAUUUUAAAUGAAUACUAUUAAGUUAUUUAUAUAUACUGUAAACGAUUUGUCUUAUCAUUUUUCUGCUGUCUUAAACUUGAAAUAAAUGAUUUAUCGCAAAA